UAGCAUAUAAAUGUCCAUAACACACACUGCAAUGAUGCAUAUGAAGAGAAAUCAGAUGGCUAUUAAUUUGCAGACUAUGAUCAUAAAAAAUAUUAUUACUAUUGUGAUGAUGAUGGUGAAUCACGGUUCAUAUAUUGGAGGAGUAAUGGGAUUCCCAUCACAGAGAAUAUUAUUUCCAGCAAUGUUUGUGUUCGGAGACUCCUUAGUUGACAAUGGCAACAAUAACUACCUCAUCAACUCCUUAGCCAAAUCUAAUUAUUAUCCUUAUGGCAUCGACUUUGGAGGUCCAACCGGUCGAUUUUCCAAUGGCAAAACCACCAUCGACUUUCUCGGUGAUUUGAUAGGACUGCCUCCUCUUCCACCUUUCGCAAGUACUUUGUCGACAACAGGAGCAAACAUUCUCAAGGGAGUGAAUUAUGCUUCAGCUGCCGCAGGAAUUCUAGACGAGACUGGAAAAACUCUAGGAGAUCGAUAUACGCUGAGGCAGCAAGUGAAGAAUUUCGAAACGAGUGUAAAGCGAAUAAAGAGUGAAAUACUGAAGGAUGAGGCGAAAGUAAGAGAGUAUUUGGGGAAGUCAUUGGUAGUGAUGAACCUCGGAAACAAUGACUACCUUAAUAAUUAUCUCAUGCCCUCUUUCUACACUUCCAGUUUCACUUACAACCCUCAAGAUUUUGCUCAUCUUCUCAUUACAACUUACAAGAAGCAAAUAUUGGUGCUACAUAAUAUAGGAGUUAGGAAAUUCUUUUUGGCAGGUAUUGGGCCGCUGGGAUGCAUUCCAAGCCAAUUAGCGACGGGUCUAGGUCCUCCAGGGGAAUGUUUAUCCUUUGUUAAUGAGUUGGUUCAAAUAUUCAAUUCCCAACUCAACUCUCUGGUGGAUGAACUCAAUAAUAUUAAUAAUAAGAGUAACACUCAAGGCUCAACUUUUGUCUACGGCAAUACUUUUGAGGCUUUCAACCAUGUACUUGCCAACCCUACUUCUUAUGGAUUUGAAGUAACAGACAGAGGGUGUUGCGGGAUCGGAAGGAACGAAGGGCAAAUAACAUGUCUUCCGAUGGCAAUUCCGUGCAUGAAUAGAGAUGAAUACAUCUUCUGGGAUGCUUAUCAUCCCACCCAAGCUUUUAAUCUCAUCAUGGCUCAAGCUGCCUUUUCAGGCCCUCCUUUCCAUUCUUAUCCUAUUAACAUUUACCAACUCUCUCUUCUUUAAUUUACUGCCUUUUUUUUUAUAUCUACCUGCAACUAUUCUUACUCUAUCAUUCAUCAACGGUGUAACCAUUGUAUUU